ACCACUCUGGGGCUCCGGAGGCGGCUAGAGGGAGAUCCGGGGCACGCAGGGCUGGAGCAGCGACCCGGGGCCCCUGUUCUGGGAGCGGGAAGUCGGAAGAGGGUUUGUAGCUGGUGUCCGCAGGCUUGGGCGCUACCCGAGCCAGAGAAGGGAGCGAGGGCUCGCUCAGCUGCCUCCCCGGCACUCACUCUCCGGACUCCAAGGUCUGCAAGGCUGCUGCUCCUCCCAUCCCGGCCCGCCUCCUCGCUCUUUCGAUAGCUCUCUCGAGCUGCUGUGCUAACCCUGCGGUGCGUCCCGGCGAGUGCGGGCCGAGGGGCCCCGCGCCAGGGCUGAGCAGAAGACAGAGGCGUCCCGGGCAGAGCGCAGCCGGCCGGGGAGUGGCCAUGUGUGGCAAGGCCGCGGCGAAACUAGUCUCCAGCAAGUGAUCUCGCGUCGUGGACCGCUGCCCUGCCCCCUCCGCUGCCACCUGGGGCGGCGCGGGCCCCGGUGCCCCGGAUCGCGCGUAGAGCCGGCGAGAUGCACGUGCGCUCGCUGCGCGCCACGGCGCCACACAGCUUCGUGGCUCUCUGGGCGCCUCUGUUCUUGCUGCGCUCCGCCCUGGCCGACUUCAGCCUGGACAACGAGGUGCACUCGAGCUUCAUCCACCGGCGCCUCCGCAGCCAGGAGCGGCGGGAGAUGCAGAGGGAGAUCCUGUCCAUCUUGGGCUUGCCCCAUCGCCCGCGCCCGCACCUCCAAGGAAAGCAUAACUCGGCGCCCAUGUUCAUGUUGGACCUAUACAACGCCAUGGCGGUGGAGGAGAGCGGGCCCGACGGCCAGGGCUUCUCCUACCCCUACAAGGCCGUCUUCAGUACCCAGGGUCCCCCUUUAGCCAGCCUGCAGGACAGCCACUUUCUCACCGACGCCGACAUGGUCAUGAGCUUUGUCAACCUCGUGGAACAUGACAAGGAAUUCUUCCACCCCCGCUACCACCAUCGAGAGUUCCGGUUUGAUCUUUCCAAGAUCCCCGAGGGCGAAGCAGUGACUGCGGCUGAAUUCCGGAUCUAUAAGGACUACAUCCGGGAGCGAUUUGACAACGAGACCUUCCAGAUCAGAGUCUACCAGGUGCUCCAGGAGCACUCAGGCAGGGAGUCGGACCUCUUCUUGCUGGACAGCCGUACCCUCUGGGCUUCUGAGGAGGGCUGGCUGGUGUUUGACAUUACAGCCACCAGCAACCACUGGGUGGUCAACCCACGGCACAACCUGGGCCUGCAGCUCUCCGUGGAGACCCUGGAUGGGCAGAGCAUCAACCCCAAGUUGGCGGGCCUGAUUGGGCGGCACGGACCCCAGAACAAGCAACCCUUCAUGGUGGCCUUCUUCAAGGCCACAGAGGUCCAUCUACGUAGCAUCCGGUCCACUGGGGGCAAGCAGCGCAGCCAGAACCGCUCCAAGACGCCCAAGAACCAAGAGGCCCUGAGGAUGGCCAGUGUGGCAGAAACCAGCAGCAGUGACCAGAGGCAAGCCUGCAAGAAACAUGAGCUGUAUGUCAGCUUCCGAGACCUCGGCUGGCAGGACUGGAUCAUCGCACCUGAAGGCUAUGCUGCCUACUACUGUGAGGGGGAGUGUGCCUUCCCUCUGAACUCCUACAUGAAUGCCACCAACCACGCCAUUGUCCAGACACUGGUUCACUUCAUCAACCCGGACACGGUACCUAAGCCUUGCUGUGCACCCACCCAGCUCAACGCUAUAUCCGUCCUGUACUUUGACGACAGCUCCAAUGUCAUCCUGAAGAAGUACCGGAACAUGGUGGUCCGGGCCUGCGGCUGCCACUAGCCUCUUCUGAGAGCCUGACCCUUUGGGGCCACUUUGUUCCAGAUCUGUGGUGUCUCACCUUUAGUCUCUCACUGCCCACCUUGGCGAGAAGCGAACAGAUCAGCCACCUCUCCUGAGCCUUCCCCUCACCUCCCCAACUGGAAAUACAUAAGGCAUGAGAAACCUGAGCGCCCGGUGGCUGGCAAGCAGGCUUUAAUUCUGGCACAUUAUGGACAAGAUCCUACAAGCUGCCACAGGCAAUAUCCAGCAGGAAAAAUACCUUCCAAGAAUGAGACUGUUGGCCACAUGGCCCCUGUGGCGCUCUGUGAGUCCUUGAGGGCUAAUUGCGAGUGUCCUUCAGCCAGGCCAUCCGCUGCAGCAGGAGGAAAGGCCCAACCAGGGUGAGCGCUUACGUCUGUGCUGAAGGAAAACCAGGCAGAAGUCCCUGUAACAACAUGUCACAAUAAAACCCAUGAAUGAAAA